AUGGGCACAAUUAGGUUCGUCCUGAAAUCCGAUCGCGGUGGCAAGUUCGCAGUGCCGCGGUUUCAGCUUAGUUUUCUAGUACUACUCACUAGGAUAACUGACACGUCAGCAGCUGAAGCAAGGGCAGGAAAGGAUAUACAAGGUAUACCAUGGGAGAGGUUACAAAUCACCAGGCAGGAUUACAGAAAAGCUAGGUUGGAACAGUACAAGAACUAUGAGAACUUCCCUCAGUCCGGAGAGCUCAUGGAUAAGUUGUGCAAGCAAGUGGAGAGCAGCAGCAAGUACUAUGAAUUUCAAUACAACACUCGGAUAGUGAAACCCUCAAUUCUCCAUUUUCAGUGGUUACAUAGAGUUUCGCAUGAAACUGUUAAAAGGAUUAUAACCCUGAAAAUGGGCAAUGGAGAACCUGAUUCACACCUAAAUCAGACCGAAUCAAAGCCUGCCCUCUUCCUCCUCAAGCUGGAUAUUGCAAAAGCCUUUGAUUCGCCGUUGAAGAUCCUCAAAAGGGUGACGAACGAUGGAAUUCUGAGUCAGCUGUCCAGCCGCCAUGCAAGGUUCCGUGUUAGUAUCUGUGCUGAUGAUGUCGCCUUGUUCAUCAACCCUGUGAGAAGCGAGGUGGAUGCCCUGCACUCUGUUCUUGCUGCUUUUGGUGAUGUUUCCGGCCUGCGGACAAGUUUCUCAGAAUCAACUUCCUUCCAUAUCCACUGCCCCAACCUGGAUAUCAAUGACACUUUGGCAUCCUUCUUGCGUGAUCUGGGCUCCCUGCCCUGUUCCUAUCUCGGGCUGCCUAGUACUAGCUUCCUCUGGUCUGGCGAUGAGGAGGCAAGGGAGCUCAAUUUGCUCUUGCCUAAGCAAUUCGGAGGUUAUCAAAAAUCUGGAAAGACCGCUAAAUUCUGGACUGAUAGUUGGCUUAACGUAGGCCACUGGUCGUCAUUGUCUCACAAAAUGACAGAUGUUCUUGAUUUCUCAGGGCAUGUUGCUCCAGCAAAGAAACACCCUGGCUGUGCACUAGAAGGGUUUACUGGCGUUCAAGUUAGCACACUUGCAGUAAAUGAGGGUUUGUUGGUCGCUGGUGGUUUUCAAGGAGAACUAGUUUGCAAGAGUCUAGGAGAACGUGAUGUUAAGUUCUGCACAAGGACUACUUUGAGUGACAAUGCUAUCACAAAUGCUAUGGAUAUACACAGAUCUACAAGUGGAAGCUUGCGCAUUACGGUAUCGAAUAAUGAUUCUGGUGUUCGUGAAUUCGACAUGGAAAGAUUUCAGCUCUUGAAUCACUUCCGUUUUAACUGGCCAGUGAAUGUAACUUCUACCCUAGUUGGCCAUCUGGACUACUCAUUUGCCUCAGCAUGGCACCCGGACGGUGUCACCUUCGCAACCGGGAACCAGGACAAGACCUGCCGGGUCUGGGACAUCCGGAACCCGUCGACCUCCCUCGCGGUCCUGAGGGGCAACAUCGGCGCAAUCCGGUGCAUCCGCUACUCCUCGGACGGGCGGUUCCUUCUCUUCUCCGAGCCCGCCGACUUUGUGCACGUCUACAGCGCCGCCGAGUGCUACCGGAAGCGGCAGGAGAUUGACUUCUUCGGCGAGAUCUCCGGGAUCUCGCUCAGCCCGGACGACAAGUCCCUGUUCGUGGGGGUGUGCGACCGCGUCUACGCCAGCCUGCUGAAUUAUAGGAUGGUACACGCCAACGGGUACCUGGACUCGUACAUGUAG